AACGCUGAUGCAAUAAAAAUCUUAAGAGGAAGCACCCAGGUAUGUACAUGGGGGGGAUACCUGGUGAUGGGUCUGGUUUGCAUAUAUGGGGUUGUUGAUAAUAAGGUAUAGAUGAGGGGCAUUAUGACAAAAUUGAGGUUAUCAUAGAUGAGGGGCAUUAUGACAAAAUUGAGGUUAGCAUAGAUGGGGAUGGCUCAGUAUCUGUAACUGAUAAUGGUUGUGGCAUUUCAGCUGAUAAUCCUUUACAAAGAAGGAAUAUCAGCAACAUAGAUAAUAAUAAUGACCCAACUGCACGAAUGUGGUAAAUGUGGUAGCAAUAUAACUAAAAGGUUUCUAACGGAUUACGUGGUACAUGGUGCUGGUAUCUCAGUUGAAAAUGCAUUAUCAUGGCACAAUAAGAAAGAACGCUUUAUGCGCUUUGAAGAUGGUGAGUAAAUAAGAAAACAAACAAAUGAGGGAGUAGAGUAACAUUUAUACUGUCAACGGAGACUUUUAUUAGUACUGAUUUUCUCCACUCUUGAAAAUCGUAUCAGAGAAUUAGCUUUUUUAAAUGCAAGUAUUAACAUCACUUUGCAUGACUUUCGUAACAAACUGCAUGUAGAGUCUUACUUUAACGAUAGUAAACAAUCUAAAGAUAAUUUUGGCACAGCAAAUUUCAUGCGGUACUUAGACAAGAAUAAAACAUAUGUUACCAAACUUACCAGCAUGAAGGGUGAUGCAAAAGAUCUUGGUAUCAGCAUAGAAAUAUGAAUGAAGUGGAAUGACUCCUACUACGAACAAUGGGAUGGUGGUACACAUUUGGCA